AUGAAUGGCACAGAAGGACCCAACUUUUAUGUCCCCAUGUCUAACAAGACGGGCUUGGUUCGCAGCCCAUUUGAGUACCCUCAGUACUACCUGGCUGAGCCCUGGAAGUACUCUCUUGUGGCUGCGUACAUGCUGUUCCUCAUCAUCACUGCCUUCCCCAUCAACUUCCUCACCUUAUAUGUGACCGUGAAGCACAAAAAGCUGAGGACCCCUCUGAACUACGUCCUGCUCAACCUGGCAGUGGCUGACCUCUUCAUGAUCAUCGGAGGCUUCACAGUCACUCUCUACACAUCCCUGCAUGGAUACUUCAGCUUAGGGGUCACUGGUUGCAACAUAGAAGGAUUCUUCGCCACCUUAGGAGGUGAGAUUGCACUGUGGUCUCUGGUGGUAUUGGCUAUGGAGCGCUAUAUUGUGGUCUGUAGGCCAAUGUCCAACUUCCGCUUUGGGGAGAAACACGCCAUCUCUGGGUUGGCAUUCACAUGGAUCAUGGCCUUGACCUGUGCUGCUCCGCCUCUGUGUGGAUGGUCCAGGUACAUCCCAGAGGGAAUGCAGUGCUCCUGCGGGAUUGACUACUACACUCCUAAGCCUGAGAUCAACAACACCUCAUUCGUCAUCUAUAUGUUUGUCCUCCAUUUCUGCAUCCCCCUCUUCAUCAUCUUCUUCUGCUACAGUCGCCUGCUCUGCACUGUGCGAGCGGCUGCAGCUCAGCAGCAGGAGUCUGAAACCACCCAGCGAGCGGAGAAAGAGGUCACACGCAUGGUUAUCGUCAUGGUAAUCUCCUUCCUGGUGUGCUGGCUGCCCUAUGCCAGUGUGGCGUGGUACAUCUUUAUCAACCAAGGGACUGAGUUUGGACCAGUGUUCAUGACUGCUCCGGCCUUCUUCGCAAAGAGCGCCGCUCUGUAUAACCCAAUCAUCUAUAUUCUGCUCAACAAACAGUUCAGAAACUGCAUGAUCACCACAGUGUGCUGUGGAAAAAACCCAUUUGGAGAAGAUGAAGCUGCAGCCACAGCCUUCUCCAAGACUCAGACUUCAUCUGUCUCCUCUAGCCAGGUGGCCCCUGCUUGA